AUGCCUGCUGGAUCGGGUCCCCAGGGGCCGCCCGGCCACGCUGCCCCCCGGCCACGCUGCCCCCCGGCCACGCUGCCCCCCGGCCACGCUGCCCCCCGGCCACGCUGCCCCCCGGCCACGCUGCCCCCCGGCCACGCUGUCCCCCGGCCACGCUGCCCCCCGGCCACGCUGCCCCCCGGCCACGCUGCCCCCCGGCCACGCUGCCCCCCGGCCACGCUGUCCCCCAGCCACGCUGCCCCCCGGCCACGCUGCCCCCCGGCCUCCGAGUCCUCCCGUCCGCGCCGUCAGCCCGGCGGGCGCCCCUGGGCCUUCCCGGGCCCCCGCCGUCGGGCCUGGACGCAUGCGGAGUCCGAGAUGCCGUUCCGGGCAGUGCCGUCCCCAGGGCCCCGCCGUGCUGCGCUGACUCCUGGAUCCGCUCACGACUGCCAGGCCGCGUGCGAGGCAGGGGCCCCCGACAGGAGCGCGGCCACCGGCUCCACCGGCGGACGCCUGCGUCCACGACGCGCGGCGCUGGUGGCCGAGUCCCCCUCAGCCUGGUGCAGCCCACCGCCGGACGCGUCCCGCGUGCGGAGGAGCAGGGCAUCAUCCCACGAGGGAGCCGAGUCUGGUGAGCUGGCCGCAGAGUGGUCGGCCCUCUCCAGCCCUCGAAAAUCCCCACGCCCACCCCAUUCAUCCGAGCCUUCUCGGCUGAGGGGCGUCUGGAGGCGCCGGGCAGAGCCGCCCGCGGCGGGGGACGCGGCCACGCCUGCCGGAUUCCCUCGCAGGUGUCAGCGACACAACGCCUGUGCCUGCGUCGGGAAACGCAGACUGUCCACGUGCGGGGACCCUCGCAGACUCCGGCGCGACCGGAGCUCAUGGGUGCGGAAUGGAUCACUGACAACUUAG